AUUCGAAGAGCUUUUCUAUAAUUCCCUAUACGGUGGCCAGAAAAGAUAAUUCACUAGACAAGACCAGUAGAUUUUUCGAUAAUCGCGCACCGAUGGAACUCUAAUCAGAUACUCCUUGCCCAGAACAACCUUGGAUUACAAGAACCCACGACCAAGCGGAUGCCAGAUCACACUGUUCGGUGGCAAGGUGGCUUCCCUGUAACUCAGAAGAGUUCAAGGAAAUAUGAAUGAAAAGAGAAGAAGAAGAAGUAGAAGCAUCGACCCCUCUCGCUCACCAACCACCACUCUCUCCCCGUCUCUCCUACCUACCACCGAAUAGCACUAUAGAAACGAAAUUCAACGUUAGUAAGAGGCUAUGUUGAACUAUCAUCAUCUUCCUACCAGCUCCUUUGCUUGCCUUCUUGUCUCAUCCACGCAACACUCGCGCGCACCUCCCGCUUUCCAGCCACCAUGUCGUCCUCGCCAUCCGUCAUCACAUGCAAAGCUGCGGUGGCAUGGGGAGCUGGGCAGCCUCUGGUGAUCGAGGAAGUGGAAGUCAGCCCGCCCCAACCUCAGGAGAUCCGCAUCAAAGUCGUCGCCACUUCCCUCUGUGGCAGCGAUGUCGCCGCUUGGGAAUCCCAGCCUAUAUUUCCUCGCAUAUUUGGCCAUGAGGCAGCAGGGAUUGUCGAGAGUGUGGGGGAGGGAGUGACAGAAUUCAAGGAGGGAGACCACGUGUUGACAUUGUUCGUGGGUGAAUGCAAGAGAUGCCGGCACUGUACAUCUAAUAAAAGCAACAUGUGCCGAACACUUGGUUUGGAAAGGAGCGGCUUAAUGCACAGCGACCGAAAGACGCGCUUCUCAAUUAGAGGCAAUCCUGUAUAUCAUUACUGUGCCGUUUCGAGUUUCAGCGAGUAUACGGUGGUGCACUCAGGAUGCGCUGCCAAAGUCAGCCCAAAGGCACCUUUAGAGAAAAUAUGUAUUCUCAGUUGCGGAGUAGCAGCAGGUCUAGGAGCGGCUUGGAAUGUGGCCGAUGUAUCCAAAGGAUCAAACGUGGCAAUAUUUGGUCUUGGAACUGUGGGCCUAUCUGUUGCACAAGGUGCCAAGCUUCGGGGAGCUUCUCAAGUAAUUGGUGUAGACAUUAAUCCUGAGAAGGGUGAGAAAGCAAAAGAUUUUGGAGUUGAUAUGUAUCUCAAUCCAAAGGACUAUGAUGAACCCAUUCAUGAGGUCAUCAAGAGGAUAACUGAUGGGGGUGCUGAUUACUCUUUUGAGUGCGCUGGCGAUACAAGAGCAACAACAACUGCGUUGCAGUCUUGCUGUGAUGGAUGGGGUUUAACUGUGACCCUUGGCGUGCCCAAAGCAAAGCCAGAAAUAACAGCUCACUACGGACUGCUGCUCACCGGAAGGACACUGAGAGGUUCCAUGUAUGGAGGAUGGAAACCAAAAUCCGAUAUACCAUCAUUGGUCGACAAGUACAUGAACAAGGAAAUCCGGGUGGAUGAGUUUGUCACCCAUAACUUGCAACUGGAGGAUAUCAACAAAGCCUUUGAGCUCAUGAGGGAAGGCAAAUGUCUGCGCUGCGUCCUCCAUAUGCCAAGGUAGAUGGGUUUGCUUAUGAAGAGGCUGAUACAGUUGCCGGGGCUUUUCUUAUGAAGAGGUUGAUACAGUUGCCGACUCCCGGCGAUGCAUGAGGCUUAGAAUGAAUGUUACGGAAUCCGAUUUCAUCACCAGAAAGGAAGGGACUCUGGUGGCCUGAACCAUUAUUUUGGCUACCUCUUUCUCUCUCUCUCUCUCUCUCUCUCUCUCUCUAGUGAAUGGGAGAAGAAAUUUACUUUUUGCCGAGAUGAACUUUUGCACCAAAGCAAAUUGAGACUUCAAGAAUCUGAGACCUCCUGAAUGCCUCCUGCAUCAUUACAAUUCCAUCCAUAUUUUCUCUA